AUGGCAUCAACAAACACCAACGCAGCAGCGCCAUCACCCCUAGCUAUGGAAGAUCCCCAAGGAAAGCUCACCACAGGCACUCCAAACGACGCACAACUCAAAGAAGAAGAAGCCAUCUUACUCAAGAAAGACAUGGCCAAAAAGGCCGCAGGUGCAGUGAUUGUGAAUACCAAACCGACGCAUCCGGAUAGUGCUAGGGAGGCGCUGAAGGAUAGGCCUGAGGAUGCUAUAUAA